AUGGGUAAAAAAAAGUCUAGUUCAUCAAAAGAGUCAUUAGAGUCACCAAUUGCACCACUUUUAGAAGUCAAUUUCAAAGAACCAUUAUUUACAGCAGCUGCACAUCCAACAAAACCAAUAAUAAUAUCUGGAUUAGCCACUGGUCAUUUAUAUUGUAAUUCAUAUAAUGCAGAAAUUUUGGAGGAAGAACUGACUAAAAAUAAGGAAAUAGCAUUGGAACGAGAAGAAAAAGCGUAUGCGCUGGGAUUAACUCAAAAUGUAACUAGAUCAAUAUCUGAAGUUAAAAAUAAGUGGUGGAAAAUAGUACAAGAUAAUACUGAAAUUUCAUCAAAUGGGGUUGAUAUAAAAAUGAAUUGGAAAACUAAAAGACAUAAAGGAUCUUGUCGACAUGCCAUAUUCGAUCCAAGACCUGAUCAAUUGGGGGAAUUUAUAUAUACUUGUGGAACUGAUAAUGUUAUAAAAAAAGCAAGUACUGAACUGGGUAAAGUAUUGGGGAAAGUUGACGUUGUUGAAGAUUAUUAUGAUCCAAAGGAUAAAUUAACUAAAUUGUGUCAUUCUACUACUCAUCCAUUUAUAUUAUCAGGUACUGAAGAUGGGAAUGUAUUAGUUUAUGAUUCAUCUAAUUUAUCACAAAAUAAUCUUAAAUUUAAAGUUGAAUCUGUUCAUGAUGAUUCAAUAAAUCAUAUACUAGCUAUGGCUUCUUCUCCAUAUCAUUAUUUAACUUUAGGAUCUACUACAUUAUCUCAUAUUGAUAUAAGAAAGGGAAUAAUAACACAAUCAGAUGAUCAAGAAGAUGAAUUAUUAUCAAUGUCAUAUACUACUGAAGAAGUAGCAGAUGGUAAAUCAGAUACAGUUAUAGUGAGUCAUGGAGAAGGAUUGAUUACAAUUUGGAAGAAUUCUAAAAAUAAAUUAAUGGAUCAAUUAUCAAGAAUUAAAAUUAAUAAAGAGGUAAGUAUAGAUACUAUAAUUCCAACAAUGAAUAAUGAUAAUGAUGAUCAAUCUAAUUCAGUAUGGUGUGGAGAUAGUGAUGGAGUUUUACAUCGUGUUAAUUUUAAAUCUGGGAAAGUUGUUGAAACUAGAGUACAUUCUAAAAUUGGGGAUGAAGUUGGAAUUUUAGAUAUUGAUUAUGAUUAUAGAUUGAUUAGUGCUGGUAUGGAUACUUUGAAAAUAUGGGGUAAAUAG